AUGUCGGCUUCUGGGUUGACUGCAGCCGAUCCAGUGACAGCUACGUCUUGCGUUGCUGCUGCUGCUGCUGUUGCUCUACUAGAAGACGAAACCGACCGGGACCCGCAAGUCUCCGUUGUCGAGAGUUCGAACUCAGCCGAGGAGCUACCGGCAGCACUCGAGAGCAUCUCUGGUGGCGAAAAGAGGCCUCGUGAGGAGGAAGGUGAUGUAGGGGCGGAUUCUUCCAAUGAAGAACCCCCCACCAAGAAGGCAGCGGAUGAAGGAGAACAACCACAGGAAACUGGAAAUGAGGCGGAGGUAACGCGGAAUGCUAUUGAGAUGAAACGAUCUGCUGGCGAGACCGCUCCGGGCAUCAAUGGUAAUUCUAGUAGUCGCUGCUCCAGCUCACGGCGACACCCCCACUGCCCCUAG